GCAAUGGCAGAGAAGGUGCUGGUAACUGGAGGAGCUGGCUACAUCGGCAGCCACACGGUGCUGGAGCUGCUGGAGGCGGGCUACUCACCUGUGGUCAUUGACAAUUUCCAUAAUGCCAUCCGGGGAGGAGGCUCCAUGCCUGAGAGUCUGCGGCGGGUACAGGAGCUGACAGGCCGCUCUGUGGAGUUUGAAGAGAUGGACAUCUUGGACCAGGCAGCCCUACAGCGCCUCUUCAAGAAGCACAGCUUUAAAGCCGUCAUCCACUUUGCCGGGCUCAAGGCUGUAGGCGAGUCAGUGCAGAAGCCUCUGGAUUAUUACAGAGUGAAUCUUACAGGGACCAUCCAGCUUUUGGAGACCAUGAGAGCCCAUGGGGUGAAGAACCUGGUGUUUAGCAGCUCAGCCACGGUGUACGGAAACCCCCAGUAUCUGCCUCUGGAUGAGGCCCACCCAACAGGGGGCUGUACCAAUCCCUAUGGCAAGUCCAAGUUCUUCAUCGAGGAAAUGAUCAGGGACCUGUGCCAGGCUGAUAAGGCCUGGAAUGCUGUGCUGCUGCGGUACUUCAACCCCACAGGCGCCCACGCCUCCGGCCGCAUCGGCGAGGAUCCCCAGGGUGUCCCCAACAACCUCAUGCCCUAUGUCUCUCAGGUGGCAAUUGGGCGACGGGAGACCCUGAAUGUCUUUGGUGAUGACUAUGCCACAGAGGAUGGCACAGGCGUCCGGGAUUAUAUCCAUGUCGUGGAUUUGGCCAAGGGCCACAUCGCAGCCUUGAGGAAGCUGACAGAGCAGUGUGGCUGCCGGAUCUACAACCUGGGCACAGGCACAGGCUACUCCGUGCUGCAGAUGGUGCAAGCCAUGGAAAAGGCCUCAGGGAAGAAGAUCCCAUACAAGGUGGUGGCGCGGCGGGAAGGUGAUGUGGCGGCCUGUUAUUCCAACCCCAGCUUGGCCCACGAGGAGCUGGGCUGGACAGCAGCCUUGGGGCUGGACAGGAUGUGUGAAGAUCUAUGGCGCUGGCAGCAGCAGAACCCUUCAGGCUUUGGUGCACAGGCCUGAGGAACCCCCUCUACCACGGACCAGAAAAGACAAGGAGAAGCAGCUCUCUCCAGCCUCCAUCAGGAUCCCACUCUGGAGUUUUGGGGCCAAGCUGAGGCCACCCUACCUCAAAUCCCAGCCAGGCCACUUGGCCUGGGGCCACAGGCUCCACUCUCCAGGAGCUGGGGCCUCUACAAAUUAUCUCCCACGGGAUCCAGGAACUAACAGGACCACCAGAGUGGCUGAGAAGGCAGGGCUCUAGGACCACACACCGCCUCCCAGGCACUGACUAGACUGCUACGAGGGGGC